AUGGAUAAAAGUUGGUUGAAUAUUAGGAAUAGAGUUGACCAAAGGUAUAGAGAUGGAGUAGAAAGCUUUCUUAAUUGGGCAUUCAGUCAACUCGGGGUGAGCACUAUUAUUCGAUGUCCUUGUAAAGGGUGUAUGAACACCGUGUUCAAGCUAAGGAUUAAUGUAAGAGGAGACUUGUUGAACAAGGGCUUCUGGGAUUCUUAUAAAGUGUGGGACUUGCAUGGAGAAGUGUUAGUUAGAGUUGAUGAUGAAGUCGAAGAUGAUAGCAUGGAAGAGGAUAAUAUUACUGAAAUGAUUCACGAUGCUUGCGGAUAUAUGAAUGUGGAGGAUAAUACUAAUUCUUCUGAGGGCAAUGAAGAGCCAAAUAUGCAUGCAACAAAGUUUUACAAAUUGCUAGAAAAUGCUCAGACAGAACUUUAUCCUUGUUGCACAAAAGUCUCAAAGUUGUCUUUUGUUGUUAAAUUACUUCACUUGAAGUGUCUUAACCAUUGGAGCAACAAAUCAAUGGAUGACUUGUUGAGCUUCUUUAAAGAAGUUCUUCCUGACGGGUCAUUUGUACCCAAAUCUUUUUAUGAAGCGAAGAAAGUUCUUCGUGACCUAGGCUUGGGGUACACCAAAAUAGAUGCAUGUCAAAAUGAUUGUAUUUUAUAUUGGCACGAUUAUGUCAAUGCCCAAUCAUGUCUGAAGUGUGGUAAGUAUAGAUGGAACUCAGAAGGACACAAAGCCAUGAAAGUAGCUCAUAAAGUAUUGCGACAUUUUCCAAUCAAACCAAGGCUUCAGCGAUUAUACAUGGCAAAAGAGACGGCAAAAAAGAUGAGGUGGCACAAGGAAGAAAAUAUUGAUGAUGGCCCUAAGUGUCCAGGCAAUGAUAUUGAUGUAUACUUACAACCAAUGAUUGAAGAGUUGAAAGAGCUAUGGGAUGGGGUGCAGACUUAUGAUGCACACUCAAAAUCUAAUUUUCUUAUGCGUGUGGCUCUCCUGUGGACGAUUAAUGACUUUCCUGCAUAUGGGAACCUCUCAGGAUGGUCAACCAAAGGCAAGCUUGCAUGCCCUUGUUGCCAUAAAGACAAACAAACAGUUUCCUUACGUAAUAAGUUAGGUUAUAUGGGUCAUCGUCGCUUCCUUCCCAUAAACCAUCCAUGGCGUAGAAACAGGGUGUUAUUUGAUGGGAAAGUGGAAAUGGGGGCUGCACCUAGCCCUUUAACAGGUGAUGAAGCACUUAUGCAAUUACAAGAUUUGGGCAAUGUGACUUAUGAAAGAAAUGUGUCCGAUAAUAUUUUAUCAACUGUGAUGAAUAUGGUUGGAAAGACAAAGGACACGUUGAAACGUAGAUAUGAUUUGGUGGACCUUGGAAUCAGGCAAGGAUUGCAUCCAAUUGAGGAUGGGGACAAUAUUUUGUUACCGCCGGCAUGCUCUGCAUUGUCCCUACAAGAGAAGUUGAAGGUAUGUGAUUUCUUAGCUAAUUUGAAGGUUCCAGAUGCCUUUUCAUCAAACAUUUCAAGGUGUGUUAACAUACUUGAGAAAAAGAUACAUGGAUUGAAGUGUCAUGAUCAUCAUGUAUUAUUACAAGAUAUUUUUCCAGUAGCUAUACGUGGUUUGUUGCCUAAGGAAGUCUGUGAACCAAUUAUAGCCUUAGCCAAUUUUUUCAAGAAUCUAUACUCUAAGUGCUUGACAAUUGAAGAUCUUGAUAUCCUAGAGGCUUAA